AUGGCAUCUGGCGACUUCGUUGACUUCUUUCGAGGACGGAAACUCAACGAGGGACUCUUGCGCAAGUUGAAGAUCGCAUUGCUGUCCGUAAAUGCACUGCUUGAAGAUGCGGAGGAAAAACAACUUACAAAGCCUGCUGUGAAAGCGUGGCUUGAUGAGUUAAAAGAUGCAGUCUAUGAUGCAGAAUACGUAUUGGACGAGAUAGCCACUGAAGCCUUGCAGCGUAAGUUGGACGUUGAAUUUCAAACCACUGCAUGUAAGGUACGAAACUCCAUCACUACUUUUUUCAGUCAUUUUGUCAAGGUGAUGGAGCCAAAGAUUAAAGAGCUACUUGACAAACUAGAAGAUCUAGCAAGUCAAAAGGAUGGACGAUGA